AUGGCUGGCGUCGGCGCGUCUCUGAGGGGCCGUCUGGUCCUCAUCACCGGAUGCACGGGAGGUAUUGGCCAGGCGACGGCAAAGUCCUUUGCCCGUGUUGGCUGCUCCAUCGCUGUGCACUACAACGCACAGUCUUCUGCGGCGAAGGCCGACACGCUCAUCACGGAGCUGAAGACACUCGCACCUCCUGGUGCCCAACCGAAGUUUGCCGCAUUCCAGGCCGACCUGUCGCAAUACGACAAUGCGCGGAGGCUCUACAGCGAGGUCGUCCAGACAAUGGGCAAUAUCGACGUCUUGUUCAGUAAUCACGGUGUGGCGGGCCCGGUAAUUGGCCCGAGCGGCGACAUCGGCAACGUCAGCCCUGAGGUGUUCGAGGAAAUUUGGAGGACGAACGUCGGGACGCACUUCCUGCUCACACAACUCUGCGUCCCAUUCAUGGAGGAACAAAAGUGGGGUAGAGUGAUCUACACGUCAAGUGUUGCCGCAGGGAACGGCGGUGUCAUCGGCCCUCACUACGCCUCCUCCAAGUCAGCGCUGCACGGGCUCGUCCGCUGGAUGUCCCUCCGCUACGCCAAGACCGGGAUUAGCAAAAUCCCGAUUGGAAGGCUUGGAAAGCCUCAUGAGAUGGCGGACAUCGUCCUGCUUCUCGCGUCCAAUGGCUACAUGACCAACAAGAUCAUUGUGGCCGAUGGAGGCUGGACUAUCGGCAAUUUCUGA